CCUUCCUGCUUUUUGCUCUUCCCUCCCUUAUUUUUCCCUUAUUUUUCCCACUUAUUUUCCCUCCCUUUCUUUCUUCCGUUCCUCUCCCCUAUUUAUUUAAUAUUUUUUCCCCCUUCCCCCCCCUUAUUUUUAUGCAAACGCCGGGGUGAGGAUUGUUGCACAUGUAAGGAGAUUUUUUUUUCCUCUCCCUUUCCCCCCCUUCCCUCCUCUCUCCUUCCUCCUCCUCCUCUUUUUUUUUUUUUCUCUUUUUUUUUCCCUCUCUCCCUCCUUUCUCGCCACAGUGUUGCAAAAGCAAAGAGCAAUAAAAAAACACGGCGGGGGAAAAGCAAGCGGGCGGCGGGGCAGCCCGACCCGGCUCGGUUUACCGCUCGGGGAGCGGCGGAGGCCGGCGGCGGACCCCGGUGCUCAGAGCCCGGCUGAUUGGAAGGAGCAAAACGCAGCGCGAUGGAGGCGGGGGAAAGCGCGAUCGUCUCUGCGGGGACUGGAGCGCGUCCACGCCCGGGGCCAGCGCUGCAGAGCUGGCCGCCGUUCAACCGCCGCUCUGCUUCCCCGCCCCGGCCCCACCGAACCCCGGCCCCGCCGAGCUCUUCCGAGCCCGCGGGCCCCCCGCAGGUACGUGCCCCCGUGGCCGAGAACCGCCGCCGUGCUUUGAGUCCCCGUGUCCCCGCCGCCCCGGGUUCGCCAUUCGCCGCCCGCCCGCUCGCUCCGCCGGUGGGGCUGGAGGAGGCGCUUUGUUCCUCCCCGGGCUCCCGCCGCCGCUGCUGCUGCUGCUCCCGCCGCCACCGCCGCGCACCAGGCUCGAGCCGAGCGGGUGGCAGAGACCUCAGGUAGCGCCAGGGAGCCGGCGGCAGCGUCCUGGGCGCCCGCAGGUGGAGGAUGAACGGCGAAGCUGAGUGCCCUGCAGACCUGGAAAUGACGGCUCCCAAAAACCAAGAGCGCUGGUCGCAGGAGGACAUGCUGACUCUGCUGGAGUGCAUGAGGAACAAUCUGCCCUCCAACGACGGGAGCAAGUUCAAAACCACCGAGUCCCACCUGGACUGGGAGAAAGUGGCUUUCAAGGACUUCUCGGGGGAGAUGUGCAAGAUGAAGUGGAUGGAGAUCUCUAACGAGGUGAGGAAGUUUCGAACUCUGACAGAGCUCAUUAUGGAUGCUGAAGAGCACGUGAAGAAUCCCUACAAGGGCAAGAAGCUCAAGAAACACCCUGACUUCCCCAAGAAGCCCCUGACUCCCUAUUUCCGCUUCUUCAUGGAGAAGCGAGCCAAAUACGCCAAGCUGCACCCCGAGAUGAGCAACCUGGAUCUGACCAAGAUCCUGUCCAAGAAGUACAAGGAGCUUCCCGAGAAGAAGAAGAUGAAAUACAUCCAGGACUUCCAGCGAGAGAAACAGGAGUUUGAGAGGAACCUGGCGAGGUUCAGGGAAGAUCACCCAGACCUCAUCCAGAACGCCAAGAAAUCCGACGUCCCGGAGAAGCCCAAGACCCCCCAGCAGCUGUGGUACAACCACGAGAAGAAGAUCUACUUGAAAGUGCGUCCAGAUGCCACCACGAAGGAGGUGAAAGAGUCGCUGGGCAAGCAGUGGUCUCAACUCUCCGAUAAAAAGAGGCUGAAAUGGAUUCAUAAGGCCCUGGAACAGCGGAAGGAGUACGAGGAGAUCAUGAGGGACUACAUCCAGAAGCACCCCGAGCUGAACAUCAGCGAGGAGGGCAUCACCCGCUCCACCCUCACCAAGGCUGAGCGCCAGCUCAAGGACAAGUUCGACGGACGACCCACGAAGCCUCCCCCGAACAGCUACUCCCUGUACUGUGCAGAGCUGAUGGCCAACAUGAAAGACGUGCCCAGCACCGAGCGGAUGGUGCUGUGCAGCCAGCAGUGGAAGCUGCUCUCCCAGAAGGAAAAGGAUGCCUACCACAAAAAGUGUGACCAGAAAAAGAAAGACUACGAGAUUGAGCUGCUGCGCUUCCUGGAGAGCCUGCCUGAGGAGGAGCAGCAGCGGGUGCUAGGUGAGGAGAAGAUGCUGGGCAGCAACCGGAAAGGGGCAACGAGUCCUGCAUCCAAAAAGUCCUCACCGGAGACCGGCAAGGCCAGCUCGGAGAAGCCCAAGCGGCCGAUCUCUGCCAUGUUCAUCUUCUCGGAGGAGAAGCGGAAGCAGCUGCAGGAGGAGCGGCCGGAGCUGUCGGAGAGCGAGCUAACGCGCCUGCUGGCCCGCAUGUGGAACGACCUCUCCGAGAAGAAGAAGGCCAAGUACAAGGCGCGGGAGGCGGCGAUGAAGGCGCAGUCAGAGAAGAAGCACAGCUCAGACAAAGAGGAGCGCGGGAAGCUGCCAGAGUCCCCCAAGACAGCCGAGGAGAUCUGGCAGCAGAGUGUCAUCGGGGACUACCUGGCUCGCUUCAAGAAUGACCGGGGAAAGGCACUAAAGGCCAUGGAGGCCACCUGGAACAACAUGGAGAAGAAGGAGAAGCUGAUGUGGAUCAAAAAAGCAGCAGAAGAUCAGAAGCGAUACGAGAGGGAGCUGAGUGAGAUGCGAGCUCCUCCAUGCUCCACCAACUCUGCCAAGAAGAUGAAGUUCCAGGGAGAGCCCAAGAAACCUCCCAUGAACGGUUACCAGAAGUUCUCCCAGGAGCUGCUGUCCAAUGGGGAGCUGAACCACCUGCCGCUGAAGGAGCGGAUGGUGGAGAUCGGCAGCCGCUGGCAGCGCAUCUCCCAGGGCCAGAAGGACCACUACAAGAAACUGGCAGAGGAGCAGCAGAAGCAGUACAAGGUGCACCUCGACAUCUGGCUCAAGAGCCUCUCACCCCAGGAGCGAGCUGCUUACAAAGAACACACUUCCAAUAAGCGCAAGAGCAUAGGCAAGAUCCGGGGGCCCAACCCCAAGAUGAAGCCCACGAUGCAGUCCAAGUCGGAGUCAGAGGAUGAUGAUGACGAAGAGGAAGAGGAGGAAGACGACGAUGACGACGAUGAUGACGAUGAUGACAACGGCGACUCCUCAGAGGAAGGCGGAGACUCCUCGGAGUCGAGCAGCGAGGAGGAGAGCGAGGAUGGGGACGAGAACGAUGAGGAUGAUGAGGACGAGGAUGAUGAAGAUGAGGAUGACAACGACUCGGAGGGCAGCAGCAGCUCCUCCUCCUCCUCGGGGGACUCCUCUUCCCCCGACUCUGACUCCAACUGAUCCAGCCACGCUCUUAGUAACGUCCUUUGGUUUCUCGGUUUCAGUCCCAAAUCCUCCCCACCUCGGCCUCCUCCAGAACCUCAUUUCCUCCUCUUCCUCCAGCCCCUCCAGGUGAGCUGCAGCCCCUGCAGGACCCCCCCAGCCUGGGGAGCAGGAGGCAAAAGGAACCCUAGAGGAACCUCCUCUGCCAAGCUCACACGACGGAGGGCAGCUGGGAGCUGCUCCCCACCAUGUGCUGGGAGGGGAUAGAAGAAGGUGGGGGGCGACCCCCCCAAUCCCUCCCACCCCCCCUUACCGAGGAGGGGGGGGCACGAUUAUAGUUUUUGUUGGUUCUGUUUUUGGAGAGACUCCCUGGCCUCAGCCCUUACCUGGCACCUUGCUGCCAGCUCUGGACAAAAAACACACAGGAGAAAAACCAAACCAAACCCUCCCCCCCAUUUUUUUUUACUAAAACCCUUAGAAAUGGAUUAAAAAAACCUCCAACCCCCCCGCGCCCCCCCGCGCAGGCCCUCCGGGGCAGCCCCAGGCAGCGGGCACGGAGCAUGAGCCGAGGUGCUCAGGACUCAGCUGUUGGGACAAAGUCUCUUUGCCCGCUCCCUUUUCUUCUCUCCCCCUCCCCCCUCCAGCGUCUUGGGCCCCCCCGCGCCCCCCCAUCUUCCACCCUUGUACAGUCUGGAAGCUGCACCAGGAGCCCCUCCCCAGCCUGAGCCCAGGACCUCUGCAUCCAUGGCACUUGGGGACGUCGACCACGGACCCGGGACCCCCCCUCCUCCCCCACCCCAGCGUGUCCCAAGGGAGUGUGAUGGAAUUGGGGGGGGGAAUGGAUUUGGGGAGGGGGUGCAGGGGGGGUGUGUGUGCGAGUGUGUGUGUGUGAGGGGGCUCUGCUCCCCCUCCUCAUGCCUGGUGACCAAGUGGGGGGGAGGGGGGAGCAGGGGGGUGGUGCCAGGAGCCGCGGCGCCAGCCCCCCCGCGGCGCCCCCCCGCGCUGUCGGUGGUCGUUGUGCAGUUGUACUUUAUUUUAUUUUUUGUUGCUGUUGUUUUUUUUUUCCUUUUUAUAAAACAAGAAAGAUUCUU